AUGUAUUUCUCCAACGUUGUCGUCACUGUCCUCGCCGCUCAGGCUUUCUCUCAAGACAGCCGAGUUCCUCGCUCAAGCUUUGGACAUGUUGCUGCUUUGAUGGCUGCUGCAGCUCUCCCAGCAGACGCUCUCGCUCUCCCCAUCUUCAGCGUUGAGAAACGAGAGCCUCAUCACCAAGGCGGACAGAACAAGCAGAACAACCAGGCCCAAGGCCAAAACAACCAGGCUCAGGGCAACCAAAACAACAACCAGGCUCAGGGCAACCAAAACAAUAACCAGGCUCAGGGUCAGAACGCCAACAACAAUGCUAACGCUGGCGCCAAUGCCAACGCCAAUGGAUGCAACGCCAACAACAAGCGAGAUGAGGAACUUGUAGCUCGUCACCACCAGGGCAACCAGGGAGGCAACGCCCAGGGUAAUGCUAACGGCAACGCCAAUGGUAAUGCCAAUGGUAACGGAGCUGCUGCCGCUGCCAAUGACUGCAACAACAACAACAACAACAACAACAACGCCGCUGCCAACAACAACAAUGCCGCUGCCAACAACGGCAAUGCCAAUGGCAACAACAACAAGCGUGAUGAGGAACUAGUAGCCCGUCACCACCAAGGAGCAAAGAACAGGAACGGCAAGAACAACAAGCGGGAGGAGCUCUUUGCUCGUCACCAUCAAGGGGCUCAAGGUGGCAACAAAGCCCAGGCCGCCGGCGCCAACCGCAAUGGCCAGAACCGCAACAACGCUGCUGCCGCCGCCGCUAACGGGAACAACGCCGCCAAUGCCAAGUGCAAGCGAGAGCUCGAGGCCCGACACCACCAAGGAGCUCAGGGCAAGCAAAACGCUCAAGCCGCUGGUUGCAACUAAGAAGAUAAAAUCUCAUCAAAGUCUCUUGUAGACUUGGACAUAUAUUAGCAAGACAUGUAAUGGUUGGUGUGAAGGGGGAGAGAUUAUGUCUUGGCUUGGAGUGAUGGGGUGCUGGAAGUAAUGGGCUGGCCCAUGGAUUCUGGUAAUUAGAGUGCUAGUUAGAAUAAUAAGACUAGAGAGUUC